CAGAACCAGGACCUUCGAGAGCAGCUGGGGGCCCUCCUAGGGCCGGGGCAGCAGUUCCUGCCCCUGUGUCCCGAACACUCAAGCUGCACUGCUCUGGCCUGGCCCCCUGACCCAGCUGGCACGCAGCCCUUGGGGAACAGGGCACCUCUGCAGCUGCUGCGGCGGGAGCUGUGCCAGGAGCAAGAGGCUUUCGUGCAGCAGUCCCAGAACGAGCUGCAGCAGAUCCGCCUGUGCUUUGAGAGGAAGAAGAUGGUCAUCACAGAGGUGUGGGACAGCGUGGCUGAGAUGCACAUGGCCCUGAACAACCAGGCCACCGGCCUCCUGAACCUCAAGAAGGACAUCCGGGGUGUGCUGGACCAGAUGGAGGAUAUCCAGCUGGAGAUACUCAGGGAGCGGGCCCAGUGCCGCACUCGAGCCAGGAAGGAGCAGCAGAUGGUGAGCAUGGCAAAAGGGAGGCCAAAGCUGGGAAGCUCCAAGAGCCUGGCAGGCCAGCUCUGGCUGCUGACCCUGAGGCUGCUGCUGGGCACCUUGCUGGUCUGGACUGCUGCCUACGUGUACGUGGUGAACCCCACGCCCUUCGAGGGGCUGGUGCCGCCCCUGCUGAGCCGUGCCACCGUCUGGAAGCUCCGGGCCCUGCUGGACCCCUUCCUGCGCCUCGAGGUGGACGGCUUCCUGCCCUUCUAGGCCGGAAGCCCAACGGCCCCAGCGAGGAGGCCAGGCGACCAGCACUGCCCCGGAUGCCCAGUGGCCGCGCCGGCCCCCUGCACAUAGCACCACUGUGCACCGUCCCUGCCAGGAGCUGCAGAGAAGGGUGGAGGCGGGGUCUGUCCUGAGGGCUGGGCCUGUGGCUGGACAUAGAGUCAUGACAUAUGUGGCCGGUG